CUCCCACAAACUACAGCUGAGAGCUGGCAUUCCUUUCUCCGACUUUCUUUUCUGAUUUAUUGUCAUGCCUCAAGAUUUCACACUCCUAGUCGACGACCAAGACCCCCAGAUCAACUACAUUUGCCCGUCGCUGAAGCAACAAUUGCUGGCCGGUUCGUACUCAAACAGCACAUGGACGACAAUCAAAGAGAGCUCCUGUCGCAAGGGCUGGUUUGAGUAUUCAUUCUUUGGAACGGGCAUCCGGAUCCGUGUGCCAACCUCAGGCAAAGCUGAAAGUGCCGCAGUCCUUCUCGACAACGAACUUUUCAAACCGGAUGAAAACGGUGUAUUCGAAGCUCUCGACCUCAAAGAUGGACAGCACAACUUCACCUAUGGCAUCGGAGAAGUCUCGACUACGCCCGUGUUCGAUUACCUGACUGUCGCCGCCGGGCCCUCAACCCCUUUGAACGGAAGGACACUUAUUGCUGAUGAUACGGACGAGUCAAUCAACUACAUAGGAAGCUGGACGACCGAAUCACCGCGUCCCUUGACGUUUGACUACUCCACCGCCCUCUAUCGAGAUACCGCCCACUGGAGUUCUACAAUCGGAGAUACAGUCGAAUUCCAAUUCACAGGUUCAUCCGUGGCUGUUUAUGGCCUCGCGGCCAAUAUCACAUCUGGGAACAUCACAGCGUCUUAUACCCUUGACGGAGUCACAACAACCCAAGGCAUCCCUCGCGGGACGUUCGAUUCAGUCCCUAUGACUGAAUUCUUCCGAGCCGAGCUCCAGCCUGGUGCCCACACUCUCAUCGUCAAUCUGACUGAGAUUGCCUCCUCCCAGGCCUUCGGUAUCGACUUCAUUGCAUAUAACUCGUCGGUCGAUAGCAUCAGGUCUCUCCCUGGAUUUGACCUUGCAGCUGGGAACGCGGCUACCAAGUCGGAGUCUGACCGUGCUGGAUCUUCGAACUCACAGAAAUAUGCCAUUCUUGGCGGAGUUCUCGGGGCAGUUGGGUUCCUGCUUCUUAUGGGGCUUGCGUUUUUCAUCUUCAAGAGACGUCAGUCUAAGCAGGCGCUUCGAUUAGCCUCAAGCAACUCAUCUUACGACGAUAUUGCUGGUGUUGAGAAACCACCCCAAACUUACAACAACACCCUGCCGCAGGCCUAACUCUAUCAUCAUUCUCGCUGGUUAUGACCCACCGACGUGUCCGUAUGUCCUUAUGAAGGCUCCCUGAACUCUCCUGCAUGACACCUCUCAGCCACCAUGUCGCUUGCUCUCACCCCUUUCCUACCUCGGGAGGCCAUAUCUUUUCUGGACUGGUUCAGAUUGCGUGAUAUAUUAGUUUUCGCUUUGACUCCUGUAUUCAUACCAUAACCUUACCACUUCAAUGGCACCCGUGGGUGCCCUUUGGCAGGUGCGACCCAUCGGGCACGGGUCGAGUUGCACCGGCUGCUUCUCCAUUGGCCUCAGUUGCGGUUAUCUGUUGUAUUCUUAACCUCGUUAAUCUAUAUGCUCAUGGCAAGA